UUAGAAGGCAUGCUUCCUCAGUGAAGCACACGAAGAUUCUAAAAUCAACACGAUACGAGAGACUUUUAAAUUUUCACCACUUAACACCGGUAUAUAAGAGCGUGCAAGGAAAGCAGAUUGCAAUUAUUUGACGAGCAGCUGAAGGCGCGGAUAUGCCGGAGUUAGGUCCAUGUGCCGUGUGUACGAUUCCAGCGGAGAACCGCUGCGCCGGAUGCAAAACAACACUCUACUGCAGCAAAGAGCAUCAAAAACAGGACUGGAAGACGCACAAAUUUUUGUGCAAACCUCCCCUUUACAAGGAGGGCAGCAGUCCGGAGCUUGGCCGCUACCUGGUGGCGGCACGUGACAUCGAAGUGGGCCAGACCAUAAUCACCGAGACGCCCAUCAUCAUCGGGCCGAAGCAGGUGACGCCACCGGUGUGCCUGGGCUGCUUGAAGCCCGGCCCCAAGGCCCGUUGCCAGCUGUGCAAGUGGCCGCUGUGCGACGAGGAGUGCCCCGGCUGGGACACGAACCACGCCAUUGAGUGUGCAGCCCUCGUCAGGGCCGAGAAGCCGCUCACCUUCUCGGACCUGCAAAAGCCGCACGCUGCCUAUGAGGCCAUCACACUCUUGCGGCUGGUGCUAAUGCAGAAAAAGAGCCCAAAAAAAUGGAAACUGAUCCAGGAAAUGGAGGCGAACGAGAAGAAACGUGAGCCGUCGGCCGAGGAGAAGAAGAUCGUGCAAUUCCUGCUUACGUACGUGGGCUUGUCGAAGUGGGGCCCGACGUGGGACACGAGCGAAAAGACGCUGCAUCGACUAGCCGGCGUUCUGCAGGUGAACGCCCUGGAUGUGAGAUUGCCGCACGGCGGCGAGGUGAUGGCACUCUUCCCGACCACCUCGCUGAUCGAGCACUCGUGCAUCCCCAACAUCAGAAUCGUCUUCGACCCUAUGUGCCGCAUGACGGUGAGUGCGAGCAAGGACAUCAAAGAGGGCGAGCAUCUGCAGACGAUGUACACGCACGCCCUGUGGGCCACCUUCCAGCGGCGGGAGCACCUGUUCUCAAACAAGCAGUUCUGGUGUAAGUGCCCGCGCUGCAGCGACCCCACCGAGCUGGGCACCAUGUUCGGCGCGAUGCGGUGCGUGGCGCCCGACUGCGGGGGCUUCCUGCUGCCCACGGCGCCCCUCGAGGCGGGCGCCGACUGGGCGUGCACCAAGUGCGUCGGCCGACUCAGCGAGAAGCAGAUCGCCGACCUCACGGGCCACCUCGGCCAAAUCGUCGACGAGGCACUCGCACAGCCCACGGAGAGCAGCCUCAAGGACCUGCUGGAAAAGCUGAACGCAGUCACGCACGAGAACCACUUCCGGCAGUACGCAGUGAAGCACUCUCUGAUCCAGUUGAUGGCCAAGAACGUACCGACCAAGGACGAGCUGGACGAAAAGCAGCAACUGUGCGAGCACCUGCUCAAGGUCACGCAGACCCUGGACCCUGGCGGCGCCCGGCUCGCCGUCUAUGAGGCCGUCAUUUGCUACGAGUUGCACAACGUGCUGGUCGCUAGGGCGCAGAAGGAGAAUGAUGACUCUCUCCUGGCCAGGGCCAAAGUCCUGCUGCUCAGGGUAGUCUACCUGCUCAGGUUCGACGAGCAUCUGCCGGAGGGGCAGCUUGCAACCGUGGCCACCAAGAAAAUCAACGAGAUUGAGGCGAAAAUCGGCAAAUCGUGAAAGUUAAUUUGUUUUUAUUGAAAUAAAUGAACCACCUGUUUUUAAAUUGCA